UGAGAAAAGAGCUCAGGGGGGGAGCUGGAGGUGUGCUUUUGGGUGUUAUGUAGCUGGGAGCAGUGGAUCUGGGUGUUUUGGGGUGCUUUUGCCCCCUGCAUCAAGCUGUGGCUGUGCAGGGUCAGGCACUGGCAUGGUGAGCAGCAGAGCUGCAGGACUGAUGUGUGCCCUGCAUCCCUACCCACAGCUCCUCUUCUGCUCAUGCCCUGCCUUCUUACCCUUUCUCAGCCUGCAUCUCUCACCCUGGCCCUCAUGCACAUCUGUUGCUGUCCUGAUCACUCUGAGUUUCUUCCACAGCUCUGCCAGUGCCCUGUACCCUGCCUUGCACUGUAGCUCCUCUGAACUAGAAGCCUCCCAGCUUAAUCCUUUGCAUCUCUGGCUGUCGAGACACAGUAGCAGGGGAGGGCUGUGUGGAGUCAUUGCUUUUACAGCUGAACUGGUAAAAAGUCAAGCAUUAGGCAAUGCCACAUCCAUUGCACCCACGGGAGGUGUGUGUCUCAACCCAGCUCCUGUCCCUGCCACACUUGGGGGUGCAGGGGCCCCAGCCCAGCUUUGCCUUUGCAGCAGGGUCUGUGGCUCCCAACUUGGCUUUGCAGGUGGAUACGUCGUGAUGACAGCGAAGAAGAAUCAGGCUCUGCCAAAUGGAAAUGCCAAGGAGAAUGUGCUGCAGAGGGUUCUGCAGCUGCCAGUGGUGAGCUCGACCUGUGAAAGCCUCCAGAGGACCUAUGUCAGCACCAAGGAAGCCCACCCUCUUGUGGCCUCGGUGUGUGAGGUCUAUGAGCGCGGUGUGCAGGGCGCUGGUGCCUUGGCCUUGAAGAGCGUGGAGCCCGUGGUGCGCAAGCUGGAACCUCAGUUCACCGUGGCUAAUGACCUGGCCUGCCGGGGCUUGGACCACCUGGAGGAGAAGAUCCCUGCCCUCCAGUAUCCUGUUGACAAGCUCGCAUCUGAAUUGAAGGACACCAUCUCCACUCCACUCCAAAAUGCCAAAAGCACCCUUGGCAACUCCGUGGAUAAGAUCAAGGAACUGGCAGCAGAAGGCUUGGAGGUCACCAAGAGCACUGUGGAAACAACAGCAAAGUAUGCAAGGAGGAGCUCAGUGAGCCAGAUGGCAGCUGCAGGAGUCGACACGGCCCUGGGAGGGCUGGAGAAGCUGAUGGAGUACAUGCUGCCAGAGGAGGAUGAAGUUGCAGAUCAGAAACCCAAAGACAAAUGUGGGUCAGAAGAAAAGGUCUCACAGCAGCAGCCAAGUGCUCCCAGUGCUCCUGACAAUCCCAGCACCCUGGGCCGGAUUGGUGCCUUGGUGAGCAGUAUCUCCUACCACGCUUACCAGCAAACCACCCAAGGCCUCCAGCGAGCCAAAGCCAAAGGGCAGGAAUUGGUCACCUGGGUCCCCAUCGUGGGCAGCCUGGCCAAGCCAAGCACACUUGAGGCAUCACAGGUCCACGGUGAUGAGCAGAGCACUGUGGGUGGGUGGCUGAGCCGGCGGCAGAGCAAGGCACCAGAGCAGAAACAGGAGAAGGCAGGGAAGAAAGAUGACAACCACACCAAGGAGGCAGGAGAUAGCUCUGGGCUGGUGGGCAGCGUGGCACACAAUCUGCAAAAUGCCUGCACCUCCGGAAUCUCCAGCGUGAAGAAGGUCCCAGCUGUGGCCUGGGAUGUGGCAGAGGGGUUGAUCCUCUUCACUCCCCGCAGGCUCUCCAAGGCCAUGGAGACAGUUGAUGCUCUUGGGGGGACCCUUGUCAGUGCCCCCAAGCAUCUGCUGGGCACCCUGUACAGCUACGUGCCGCUCCGCAGGCAGUCAGUGAAGGGAGAGGAGGCAACCGGGUCCAGCAAACCCAGCCCGGAGACGGAGCAGAAGGAGGAGGACACCAAACCCACAGCCCACACCACUGAGGAGAAAUCCCAGCUGCGGGAUGACUGGCGGAUGUACCGUGGCCAUCACCCCCUCUCCUUCCUGGGGCUCGAGGACCCCCUCUUCCUGCGGCACAACUUUUACCGUGCCCCGGCCUUCGAGCCCGAGUACUCGGUCCCCCGGAAAUCUGCCUUCACCCCCUACAACAGGCGUGUGAGUGAGGGCUCCUACCGCUUCAGUCCCGAGGCCGUGUACGGCCGGGCUUACUAUGGCAACAUUUACAGCCCGGCCUUCAAGAAGGACUGAGCCAGCGGGGUGAGCGAGAGCAUCCCACCCCCCCCCCCUCAUUCCUCCCCAGCACCGCUUUGCCCCGACCCCCACCACCUGCCUGCAUAUACCCCUGUACCAGGACAGGAGCUCAAAGUAGUACACGUCAUAGGAUGUCUUCUCCUGGAGUACAUCGGGGUCAGGAUGGGGGAUAAAGGCAGCCAAAAGCCCUUAUGGUGGCAGAAAAAGAGAGGUAGAUGGGAUGAGAGAGGUGAGGGAGAUGUGGGAAGAGCAGUGAGACCAGAAAAGAGAGAAAGGGACCAGCAAGGCCUGGCACUGGGCUACUCUGGUCCCUAUUGAGAAGACAGCGUUGACUUAGAUGGGGUGUUGAGAUGCCGAGACAGAGCAGGGAGGACAGCAAAGCCAUCAAACAUCACCACAGCAAGCCAAGUUCCCCAUCCUUCCUCGCUCAGUCCCCCUUCACAAGGCCCGUCCCUGGCUACAGAGUGCUCCUACAUGGAGAGGCUGAAGGUCCCCACUAACCAAGCAGGUCUCAUGAGUCAGAAAGCCCUGAGCACCAAUGCCUAGCCGAUGGUGGGAUUGAUGGUGGGAUCAGGAAGAAGACUGGUGAGAGCAAAUGGAGCUCCUGGAGCCCUUCUCUCCUGCAGGACCACCUGGCUUCCCGCAGCACCUUGUUGUAUCCACUGCAAUAAUAAACUUUUCUG